AUGGCGGCUCCUCCAGAGGUGUCGAUGCAGGAUUUUACCGGCUCUUGGGCAUUGAGCAAACCUCUUUCCGGUGCAUUCGACCCAGUCUUUGCGGUCCAGGGCAUCCCUUGGAUCAUUCGCAAAAUCAUCAGCAUCGCCUCGUUGUCAAUGAAGGUGGAGAAGGAGGUUGACGAAGCCGGAACAAAGAUAUUGGUUUUCACCCAGAUCGCAUCCGUCGCCAUCGCCGGGCUCAGCGAGGAAAGGGAAGUCCGCGUGCUGGAUGGGCGAGAGAAAUUUCACUCCUCUGCUUUAUUCGGCACCUCAUCUGCCCGGUCCCGCAUGGUAGAUCUAUCGACUGCCAAGGGUCACGAUGGGGAGCCCCUGGACCCGGAGUUGACCAAAGACUUUCUGGACGAAGGAGAGCCCGGCGGGGAAAACAACUUGUAUGAUCUCAUCGUCCAUCAGACUGCCGGCUGGGCCAUGGAACAGGUUUGGGGAUUUGGUAUGGUGAACGGUGAGAGACGGCUUAUGAGGACACUGAAGAUCAAGAAAGGUGACCGGGUGGCAUAUACGAGAGCCAUUUUUGAUUGGAAGGGAAGAGAUGUCGGUAAAUAA